UCUGCUAUAAAGUUAACUGAAGUCAAGUCACUAUGAAUUUUAGUUUAUUUCUACCAAUCGUGCUACAUAUUAGCGUAUUUUUCAUCAUGCAGUUAGUUUACAAUUUCGUUCAAGAAACUAAACUAACAAAAGGACGUCUAUACAGGGAAAAUCCAAACUCCAAGGUCUUGAAGGUUAAGGAAGUGUCGUCGUUCAUUGAUGGUUUGAUGGGUGGUUCAAGUGUCUGGUGUACAGGUUACAACAAGACUGAUCGUAUCUGUAAAUUCAGAAAUCUCUGCUAUCAUCCUAUUUACAAAGAAUAUAUAUUCUUUCAUGGUGAUAAGACUGUGCUAGAUGGCAUUCCUCAAGACCGGUUUAGUCCUGCUUUGCUGGAUAUGUCAUCCAUUGACGACCAUAAUACUCAAUACUUCAACUUCAUUGACUUUCCAACAUCUUCACUACUAAAUUCGUUCACCAAUAUUACUGUAUACGAUGGCGUUAGCUUUAUUUUUCAUCGUUUUAAUAGUGAGAAUAUAAUGCAUGUUUUCCACGAUGAUUUACUUCCAUUGUUUCACACUAUGAAGCAGUACACAAAUGGAAAAACAAUUGAACCUCUUGAUCUCAAUUCUAGAGUUGUAUUCAUGGAAGGAUGGGAACAAGGGCCAUAUUUUGAGCUUUAUAAACUUUUUAGUCAUUCCAAGCCUUUACUAAAACAAGAUAUUAUUAAGAAUAAUAGAUUAAAGUGUUUUCAACUUGCUAUUGUUGGGAUUUCAAAAUUCACUACAUGGUAUCAAUAUGGCUUUAAAAUUCCCCAAGGCCCUUUACCAAGGAUUCAAAUAACUGGCGGACAAAUGAGAGAAUUCACAAGUUUUAUCAAAGAGAGAAUGGGGAUAUAUGAACCAACUGAUAAUACAGAUGUUGACUAUAUUGUGUUUUUCUUAAGGCAACAUAAUCGCCUCAUAAUAAAUGAAGCAGAUAUAACCAUAGCGAUGGCAAAAAAAUUCAACAAGAGAGUUGUUCAAGUGAGUAUGGAGACACACUCUUUAAAGCAACUUAUACGAAUUAUUUCCAAGGCAUCAGCUUUGGUUGGGAUGCAUGGAUCAGCACUUGUAAUGUCAAUGUUUUUACCGCUAGGUGGUGUGAUCGUCGAAAUGUUCCCAUAUGCAAUUAAUCCUGAGAACUACCAACCAUACAAAACACUUGCCACACUACCAGGAAUGAAUCUUAUCUACACAUCAUGGAGGAAUACUAUCCCUGAGAAUUCAGUUACCCAUCCAUAUGAUCCAUCUGAAAUUGGUGGAAUCAUGCAUCUGAGUAAGGAGGAACAAGAGUUAAUAACAAGUACGACUGAGGUUCCUCCUCAUCUUUGUUGCAGUAAUUCAUUCUGGCUUUACAGAAUUUAUCAGGAUACCCUUGUUGACAAAGAUUCUUUUCUUGAAGUUAUGGGUGAUGCUUUCCAUACACGUGGAGAACUUAUUGCAAAAGGUUUUAGUAGUAAACAUAACCAAAGAUUACACCCUUCGAAGGUUAUAAAUGUCACAUGUACUGGGUCUUCUGGAACUAAUGGUUCAAAUAAACCAUCACUUUUUGUGUCCUGGAAAAAGCCAAUAAAUGUGAAAUAUUUUGAUACAAAUAUCAAGUAUGAAGUUUGGAUUCAAAAGGCAGAAAAUGAUGAUUAUAUGCCUUAUUUGCUACCUUUCACAGAAUAUUUGUUCACUGAUGGUUUGGAGGUGAAUACCCAUUAUAGAGUUUGGGUACGGUGUAUUGCAGGGAAUGUUUUGGGUCCUUUUGGGGUGAUGACAAGCUGUUAUACUUGAUAUGCCAAUAACUCUCUUUCCUUAU